AUGAUGACAGUGUGCAGGCCGGCCGAGGGCAGCUGUAGCCAGACUGAAAACCUGAGCGACAAAUUGGCUGACAAGGUCAAGGUGGAAGGUCCGAAGGCCGGGGAAGACCCUCCAAGGCAGUUGCUUCGGCUCUCCGAUUCUUCCCUAGAGACUGACCAGGAGUCACCCUUCAGAAGGAGCCCACUGGAAAGCCUCAGUCACCUCAUGCUGGAGUCUAGAGUGGACAUGUUCAGCUCACAUGGGGUUGUCAGUGGCGCAGCUGCAGACCUCGGGGCCACAGAAGCCAGCAGGGCCAGGAGGAAGCAGCUCGGCGGUGCUCAGAAGCCCCGCCCGUGCGCCCUCAGCAUCAAGGACAAGAUAUGGGAAUGGGAGGGGAAGAAGGAACUGCCGGCUCCUGCACCGGGCAGGAGGGCAGAUGCGCCCGAGGAUUGCCGGGCGUCCUGUGUGAGGGACAGGACGAGCGGUGGCGAUGGGGUGAGGACGCAGCUGGCAGAGGCGAAGCCCGGAGCAAGGCUAGACGCAGAGUGCUUGGAGAACGGCAGGAAUAAAGGGGUGGUGGAUGUCGGGGGGCAGGACGCAGAGCGGAGGCGAGACCCACGCCCCCCGGCCAGGGAGCUGGAGGCCAGCGUGGGCAGAGGCUGGGAGCCACGGCUCGGCAGACAGCGCUUUCCCAGCGACAACCUCUCGGUGCUCAAGCAGGUCAAGAAGCUAGAGCAGGCUUUGAAGGACGGGCUGGCAGGGCUGGACCCCCAGUUGCCAGGGACUUGUUACUCCCCACACUGCCUGCCUGACAAGGCAGAGGAGGGGCCUGCCCUUCCUGAGAACCCCGGAGCGGGGAGUGGCUCAGAAGGCAGCCGGAGGGUCCCCCACUUGGACCUGGAAGGCAGGGAGCCCGCCCCUGAGGCUGCGGGGGAAAGGAAAGGCUCGUGCGGGAGGCCCUGGGACCAGAGCCUGGAGAGCGUGUACAGGGGCUCGGAGGGGUCCCCCCCAAAGCCCUUCAUCAACCCCCUGCCAAAACCCCGGAGAACAUUCAAACAUGCUGGGGAAGGGGACAAGGACGGACACCCAGGCAUCGGCUUCAGGAGAGAGAAGAGAAACCUGCCUCCUCUGCCCUCUCUGCCUCCCCCGCCCCUGCCCUCCUCUCCCCCGCCUUCCUCUGUGAACAGAAGACUGUGGAACGGAAGACAGAAGUCCAGUGCUGACCACAGAAAGUCCUAUGAGUUUGAAGACUUACUGCAGUCUUCCUCGGAGAACAGCAGGGUGGACUGGUAUGCACAGACUAAGUUGGGGCUCACACGCACUUUAUCGGAGGAGAACGUCUAUGAAGACAUUCUAGAUCCGCCAAUGAAGGAAAACCCUUAUGAGGACAUCGAGUUACAUGGUCGCUGCCUGGGGAAGAAGUGUGUCUUGACCUUUCCCGGUUCUCCCACCUCUUCCAUCCCUGACACACCCACCAAGCAGUCAUUGUCCAAACCUGCUUUUUUCCGACAAAAUUCAGAGAGGAGGAACUUCAAACUACUGGAUACUAGGAAGCUGAGUCGAGAUGGAACUGGGUCACCUUCCAAAACCAGCCCCCCCUCCACUCCCAGCAGCCCAGAUGACACUUUCUUUAACCUUGGAGACCCACAGAAUGGCAGGAAGAAGAGAAAGAUCCCCAAGGUAAUGCUUGCAACAAGCUUCAUGUUUAGACAUGCACUCUCUGUUCUCUGCAAAGACAGGCUGAAGAAGAGUCCAGGCAGAGAACAGAUCACUGGGCCAUCUUCUGCCUGUGUUGUCACAGACCAAGUGGGCACAGUGGAGCCAGCAGGCUGGGAUAUCUGGACUUUUGUUCUAAUAAUUAUUGUAGUUCUGUAG